AUGUGACGUAGGAAUAGAGUUGGUCUUACCUUACGUUUCGACGUCAACGCCACGACCAAGCUAUAACCGCGACUCCUCGACUUCCAGCCAUCAUCUUGGAACACCCACUCAUCUCCAAGAAACUCCAUCCGUCAAGAUGGGCGACAUCAUGAACCGCAAAGACCUCAAGAGCUUUGUGCCCCAGCCGAAAGUCUACAAACGCGGUCCCUACAGCGUUGAGGCGCCCGGGUACGACAAGGUCAAGGGCGAGACCAUCCCCAGACGAAACGUCCGCACCAAGGAUGAACUCAAGGUGACGCCGGAAGAGGGCGUCAACACCAUCUACGACAUCGUCAAGCGCUCCAGCCAGAAGUUCGGCAACGCCAAAGCCUUGGGCAAGAGAAAGCUGCUCGAGACGCACGAAGAGACGAAGAAGAUCAAGAAGAUUGUCGAUGGCAAAGAGCAAGAGGUGGACAAGAAGUGGACCUACUUUGAGUUGUCGGGAUACGAAUACCUCAGCUUCUCCGAGUAUGAAAGCCUGGUGCUCAAGCUGGGCUCGGGCUUCCGCGCGCUCGGCAUGAAGGCCUCCGAUCGCGUUCACCUCUUCGCCGCCACCCAUCCUUACUGGCUUGCCAUGGCACAUGCCGCUUCCAGCCAAAGCAUGCCCAUCGUCACCGCCUACGAUACGCUGGGAGAAGAAGGCUUGAAGCAUUCCCUGGAGCAAACCCACGCCAAAGUCAUCUUCCUCGACCCCCAUCUCAUCACCAAGCUCAUCAAGCCCUUAAAUGAGGCAAAAGACAUUCAGCAUGUCGUCUACAACGACGAUGAUGCUCCCACUAGCAAGCGCGACCCCAAACUCAUUGAAGCCGACGUCAAGAAGCUCAAGGACGCACACCCUCAUCUCACCAUCCACGCCUUCAGCGAAUUCUCCAAGCUCGGCGAAGACAACAUGGUUGAUCCCGUUCCGCCGAAGCCCGAAGAUCUCUGCUGUAUCAUGUAUACGUCUGGCUCGACUGGUGCUCCCAAGGGUGUGCUGCUCACGCACAGGAACGUCGUCGCCGCCAUUGCUGGUGUCGAUGUGAUUGUUGGUCCGUACCUGGGCCCGGGGGAUGGCUUGUUGACCUACCUCCCCCUCGCGCAUAUCCUCGAAUUUGUCUUCGAGACAGCGUGUCUGUACUGGGGUGGCUCCAUGGGCUACGGCAAUCCACGAACCCUCACCGACGCCAGUCUGCGAAACUGCAAAGGCGACAUUCAGGAAUACAAGCCGACGGUUCUGGUGGGCGUGCCUGCUGUGUGGGAGACGGUCAAGAAGGGAAUCAUGGGCAAGGUGAGCAAAGCCGGUGCAAUCUCGAAGAACCUCUUCUGGGGUGCCAUGAGCGCCAAGAGCUUCAUGAUGGCCAACUCCGGUUAUCUCCCUCUCGCUGGCAUGGGAACGAGCAUCCUCGACACGGUGGUGUUCAAGAAGAUUCAAGAAGCGACGGGUGGAAAGCUGCGUAUCUGCUUGAAUGGUGGAGGGCCGGUUGCAAAGGAGACUCAACACUUCAUUUCCAUGGCAGUCGCGCCAAUGAUUUCCGGCUACGGCUUGACCGAGACCGCCGCCAUGGGGAUAUUGAUGGACCCCGCCGCCUGGACUGACUCUGCACUGGGAGAGCCGACGGGCGCGGUGGAGAUUAAGCUUGUGGAUUACGCGGAUGCCGGCUACCACGCUGCCAACAAUCCGCCACAGGGUGAAAUCUGGAUCCGAGGUGCUUGCGUCACGAGCGGAUAUCUCGACCUUGAAAAGGAGACCAAAGAGUCGUUCACCGACGACGGAUGGUUCAAGACGGGCGAUAUCGGCGAAUUCAACAGCGCAGGCGAGCUACGCAUCAUCGACCGCAAGAAGAAUCUCGUCAAGACGCUCAACGGCGAGUACAUUGCACUGGAGAAGCUGGAGUCGGUCUAUCGCUCUUGCCCGGUGGUGGGCAACAUCUGCGCCUUUGCCGCCCCAGACAAGAACAAGCCGAUUGCCAUUGUCGUGCCGAACGAGGCGAAUCUGAAGACGCUGGCGAGUGAGAAUGGUGUCAAGGGGAAUGGCCUCGAGGAUUUGUGUCAUGACGAGAAGGUCAAUGCUGCUGUUCUGAGAGAGAUGCAGAGCACGGGAAAGAAGGGAGGCUUGGCGGGGAUUGAGAUUAUCGAGGGUGUGGUGUUGAGCGAUGAGGAGUGGACGCCACAGAAUAACCUCGUCACAUCUGCGCAGAAGCUGAACCGCAAGGCAUUGACCGACAAGUACAAGAAGGAGAUUGAGAAGGCGUACGGGAAUUAAGUUGGUGAGACGUGCGCACUCUUCACUCGAUGUGUUACACGAGCUGCGAUCGAUUGGCCUCUGGUGAUUGAGGAGUUCCAUAGCGUUGUAAUGAUGAUACCACCC